CCUAAACCCUGUCCUUAUAAAAUACCCAAUUCGCCGCUCUGCUUUCCCAUCCACCCCAUAAACCCUAGAAAUUUUCUCUAACACAAAAAACGCCUUCAGCAAGUAUGAGGGCACCAAUGAGAGGAGGACGUGGAGGUGGAGGUUUCAGUGGAGGACGUGGUGGUGGAGGUUUCAGCGGCGGUCGUAGCGGCGGCCGUGGAGAUGGAAGCGGUAGAGGAGGAAGGGGAAGAGGAGGAUUUGGUGGAGGAAGAGGUGGUGAUAUGGCUCGCGGAGGUGGAAGAGGUGGCGGCAGAGGCCGUGGUGGAGGUCGUGGUGGUAGAGGCGGUGGAAUGAAGGGAGGAAGCAAGGUUGUAGUUGAGCCACAUAGACACGAAGGCGUGUUCAUCGCCAAGGGCAAAGAAGAUGCUCUUUGCACCAAAAACAUGGUUCCUGGAGAAGCUGUAUACAAUGAAAAGAGGAUCUCUGUUCAGAACGAAGAUGGGACAAAGGUUGAAUACAGAGUAUGGAAUCCGUUUAGAUCAAAGUUGGCUGCUGCUGUUCUUGGUGGAGUUGACAACAUCUGGAUGAAACCUGGAUCAAAGGUGCUAUACUUGGGAGCUGCAUCAGGAACCACCGUCUCUCAUGUCUCUGAUCUUGUUGGACCUACUGGAGUUGUGUAUGCUGUUGAGUUUUCUCACAGAAGUGGUAGAGAUUUGGUGAACAUGGCUAAGAAGCGUACGAAUGUGAUUCCUAUUAUUGAGGAUGCAAGACAUCCAGCCAAGUACAGGAUGCUUGUUGGCAUGGUUGAUGUCAUAUUUUCUGAUGUUGCUCAACCUGAUCAGGCAAGAAUUCUAGCACUGAAUGCUUCUUAUUUCCUGAAAUCUGGAGGCUAUUUUGUUAUCUCUAUCAAGGCAAACUGCAUUGACUCAACAGUUCCUGCUGAAGCUGUGUUUGCUUCUGAGGUGAAGAAGCUUCAAGCUGAGCAGUUUAAGCCAAUGGAGCAGGUGACACUUGAGCCAUUUGAGAGAGAUCAUGCUUGUGUUGUUGGAGCCUAUCGUGUCCCAAAGAAACAAAAGACUGCAGCUUAAUAGAUUAAUGUUUCUUGUUUACACCAAAUGUAAUGAAACUCUCUAUGGGGUUUGUGAUUUUAGGUUUGUGGAUUUGGUUUCGUUUUUGUGACUUUUAAUAGUUUAUCAGAAUAGUGGAUUUAAUUUUUGUCUGUA